GAAAAAUUUCACAAUCAAUUAUGAAUGUUUUCUCCUCAGCAUUUGGGCGCGACCAUUAUGACUGCUGCCCAGACUACGCACUCCUCAACCCCGAGCCAAGUGGAUGCUGAAAAGCAGUGCAAUGCAGGUCCGCUUCGCCGAAGCGCGUUCCGCGCUCUGGUUCAAGAUUUUGCGCCAAUAUGGUUCACGUGGUGCAUGAAUUCCGGCAUUCUCAGCAUUCUCACUCACCAGUGCCCUUAUCAAUUCCCAGGCCUCCAGAUCGUCAGCACCGUUCUCUACGUCUUUGAUCUUACGCUCUUUAUCCUUUUUUCGCUGCUUUUCAUCCUCAGGUUCGCCAUAUUCAAAUCCCUGGCGUAUGCUGAGAUCGUCUCGAAUCAGACCGAUCUCAUGUUUUGCGCUUGCUGGCCCAUCUCCUGGAUGACCUUGACAACACUCACACCUCUGAUAUGUAGCAACGCAUACUGGGGAGGUCAUGCUUUUUCACUUCUUGGCUACGUCAUGUGGUGGGUUGCGGUAGCAUGGUGUCUUGUUGUUCUCACUUGGGCGUUUGGAGUCAUGAUUGAACAGCAUAAGGCCAGCGAAGCUCGCAUUCCGAUGCCGAUUAUCCUUCCAGCAGUCAGCGUGUCCACCGCGGCCGUGGAAGGAGCAUUCGUUGUUAGUCUAAGCUACGAAAUAAGCCCUAGACUUGCCGUGCCGGUCAUCGUCGUGGGAUUUAUGCUCGUUGGCAUAGGGACACUUCUCGGCUUGAUUCUGACCACAUACCUGUUUCAUGGGUAUCUGGCUCAUGGCUGGCAUGCUCCUGAACAAGCCGCCAGCGUGUUUAUCUUCAUUGGGCCAAUGGGUCAAGGCGCCGCUGCGCUGCAGCAACUCGGCCGUGCCGCACAGGUUUAUGGAGCAUUUGCAGGCUACAACAAGGGUACUUUUCUCACAGCGGAGGCUGCGGUUUCUGUUGAGGCAUCAUGCACGAUAAUUGCACUUAUGCUUUCUGGUCUAGGUUUCGUAUGGCUCAUAUUUUCUAUUUAUUCCAUGGCGCGUUGUGCGCUUAGGCGAGAGCUGUUAUGGACUCCGGGGUGGAAUGCUAUUAUCUUUCCAACAGGGACGCUCGUCUCGAGCAUGAGCCUUUUUGCCCUUGAUAUGGACUCUCCGGCUUUUCGCGUUACUACCGCAUUGUUGAUAGUCAUCCUGUUCAUUGUAUAUUUCAUCAAUCUUGCCUUUACAGUGUGGAAUGUGAUGAAGGGGAGAUUACUGAUCGUCAGAGAAGACGAGAGGAUCAAAGAAAGAAUAAGAGCCAUGCAAAAGGAUAAAUGAUCGACCACUAGGAGCACGCAGAUAGGUAUAAUAAAUCGUAUUUUUCACACGUA